AGUAGUUCAGCUUUUUGGAAUUAUUGUCGUAUUUGUGACCAGCCAAACCGUUGUUCAAAACUGGACAAAAUUCCUGAUCGUUCCAAGUCUUUACUUACAGAAUCGCAGCGACGGCUAGUCUGUCAAGAAAGAACGGUGUCAGUUUGUUGCCGCUGUCGCCAAAGUUUGCAAAGUAACCUCAAAAAUAAAAUUUCAAAUUUAAUUUGAAUUUGUUUUGUGGAAUGUGAAAUGUUUCGCUUAAAGUCUUGCAAGCUGGUUACCUUAAAAAGUGACCUCACGUUUUGCGUGUUGCGAGCCGCCUUACGAAAUGCGUCUUCAAAGAGGUUCAACAAAUCGGUGGCUCAAGCAACAAAAUACGAAAAUAUCAACGCAUUUUGCGAAAAAUAUGAAUCAAAAGUUCUGUAUAGCAGUUUUAUAGAAAGUAAGAAAUUAAAAUUAGGAUAUAAAAGAAACCAAAGUGUAAUGGCAAAAGCAAAACGUGACCUAGAACAGAUGCAAAGAUCUCUAGAGAACUCGCAACCUCUGCCUCUGAGCUUAAAGUACUUAGGAGAAGAUUUGAGCACCUUGGACCCUAAAGAUGAACCAGUUGCAGUCGAUCAUGAACCAAAUCCAACACAUUUUCCAUACGAGAGCAACAUUACUGUUGAAAGCCUUCCAAUCGAGACAGAAACCACUGUAGAAAAAAAGGAUAUCUCGAUAGAGGAAGAGAUACGAAUGAGGAAUAAGGAGCUAAAAAAUUGGAUGACGUCUUAUGAGAACUAUGAACACGAUUUAGAAAUGAUACAAGAUGUGGAUGAGGAUGAGUUAGAUGACGAUGGUAUAAACUACGGUACUCCAAAUCCAAACAGUAGAGUCAGUAAUGUACCAUGUGGUGGUUGUGGGGCACUCUUACAUUGCAAAGAUCCUUCAAUACCAGGUUACAUCCCUUCAGAAAUCUUCGACAACCACAAACGAGAUGGAGCAGCCACUCUACAAUCGAUCAUUUGCCAACGAUGUUACUUUCUCAAAGAGCACAACACAGCUUUACAAGUCAGUGUAUCCGCAGAAGACUACCCGAAAAUUCUCAGCUCGAUAAGAGACAAACAAGCGCUGGUAGUUCUCAUGGUAGACCUCAUGGACUUCCCAUGUUCAAUUUGGCCCGGACUAGCAGAUAUUCUAGGUCCGCAAAUGCCAAUCCAUGUUGUGGGCAACAAAGUGGAUUUGCUGCCGAAAGACCAGGAUAAGUUUCUGAAACACGUUAGCGAGAUGUUGAUAGAAGAGCUGAAAAUGUGCGGUUUUGGGUCUGCGAAUAUCCUGGGGGUGUCACUGAUAAGUGCAAAGACAGGUUUUGGUGUGGAAAAUUUCAUCUCCUGUUUGACGAGAUAUUGGAAUGUAAGAGGAGAUGUUUAUAUUGUAGGGUGCACCAAUGUAGGUAAAUCCAGCCUAUUUAACGCCCUGAUCAAAUCAGACUAUUGCAAAGUCCAAGCUUCCGACUUGAUCCAACGCGCUACAGUGAGUCAAUGGCCGGGAACCACUCUGAACCUACUCAAAUUUCCCAUAAUGAAACAGUCACGCAGAAGGCUCUUCAUCAGACAAGAGAGACUGAAGAAACUCCAGAUGAUCACGAAACAGGAAGAGCAAACUCGCAAAGAAAGUCUGAGGAGUAACAAUGCACCUGAAUCUGCCACGCUCAUUGGGAGGAUAGGACAGUCGUACACCAAAACGGUUUUUGACGAGCCCAAGGACGUUUUUGCGAAUAUUGUCAAUGCAGGCGCUAAAGGACAGACAACAUUAGGUAUAAAUGAGAGACAUCCAGACUACAUCGCAAGUCGUUGGUGCUAUGACACGCCUGGUGUCGUCCAACAAGAGCAGAUCAUAAAUCUUUUGACAGUUGACGAGUUGAUGCUGACCAUCCCAAAAGAAAUUAUACGGCCGGAAACUUUUUGUGUCAAACCAAGGACUAGCCUGUUCAUCGCUGGCUUGGCUAGGCUGGACUUUUUGGAUGGUCCAAAAUCUAUCAGAUUGACCGUAUUCAGAUCGAAAGAACUGCCACUGACAAUCUGCCCGUUGGAAAAUGCUGACAAAAUCUACGAAGAAUGUCUUGGAACGGAGCUUUUUAAAGUGCCUGUUGACGAAGGUGAUAGGCUCACAAAAUGGCCGGGACUUGAAUGUUCAAAGGUUUUCACUGUUACGGGAACAGAUUGGAAAACAUCGUCGAAAGAUGUCGUUCUCUCGAGUGCAGGAUGGGUUGCAAUAAAUUGUGGUCCAGACGCGGAAUAUUCUUUCCGAGCUUGGACGCCAGAAAAAAAGGGAAUCCACUUAAGAGAAUCGAUUCUACCAAAAGCUGUUAAUUUGAGAGGUGCCAGAAUAAGGGACAGUGUUGCUUACAAGUCGCAUAAGUUUAUUUGAAUUUUUAGAUAGGAUAACAUUGUUGUUUAAAAAAGUGGAAAACAGUAAUAUAGUAUUUAACAAGAUGCACUGAUGG